GAUUGAAACUAAAUAGGCUCCAUUGGAGUGCUAGCUGCCGGUGAAAGGUGACCUUGUCAUACACCGAUUGAGGAGAAGGCAAACAAAUUUCUCAUUUCACGGAGAUUAGACAAGUCGAUGAAGCCGUGGAUAAAACCUGAAUUGGUAUUACAAGGAGUCGGAACCAAGAUUACUGUGAUUCGGACAAUCAAUAAUAAUAUGUCAUAACAGAAAUGAACAUGAAAUUGGAUAUUUCACGAAGACAAAGCUCGGGUGGUGGUUCAACCGGUGCUAAUACAGGGUCGGGAUCACUAGGCGGAAAAGGGUCUUUAGCGUGUUGUAAUAUGACGCAGUAUCGCUUUACUGGGGGUGAGGUAAAAACUGUACAACUAGGAAUUGCAGUUUUGUUAUUUUCAAUUGUACUUCUUGCAGUAUUGUCAUCUACAAUGUUAUUGCCUGCAUUACAGAGUCAGAAGUUAGUAACUACGCAAUGCACAGUAAUACGCUCAGAGUUAAAAAGGAUAUUUAUUGAAGGAGAACGAAACGAUCCGAAACGUUGUGCAAGAGAAGGAUAUUUUUGUUUACAAGUUAUUGUUGUUUAUAAAACAGCAAAACGACAAAAUGAAAACGUCCAUGUAGACGCGAAAAACAAUUUUAAAUUGAAUAGAACAUCGCAAAAAUUCGAAAAUUUGAUAGCAACGAGAAAACUACAAUAUCCACAAACUGGAAAUUUUAUUGAAAAUGUUGGUAUUAGGCCUGAAACAAGAACAAAAGUAUACACGGCUCAAGCAAUACGGGCUGUUCUGAGAUUGAACGAAUUACAAUUUUCGAAGAGAGGGGAAGUAUGCACUAUUCAACCUUCCUGUCUUCCGGAUCCCAGUGUUGAUUUUCGGAGAAUAAAUUCACUACAACAUAGCAUUGGUAGACCAGGAUUAAAUUUUCCGUGUCAUUAUGAUUCAAGAAACUUUGCUGAUGUGAUUCUUACAAAGAAAUUUGAUAAAUGGACAAUAUUUCACUGUCUAUUUUGGCCUGGAGUAUUUUUUGGAUUGGGAAUUCUAAUUAUUUUCACUGUGUAUUGCUGCAUUGGUCGAUUCAAGUCAGCCAUCGGAGCCCCUGACAAGAAUGCAUUUGGGAGUCUUGGAAAUUAUUCAUCUGCAAGAAAGAAACCAUCUCAACAAUCGUCAGUAAAAAGACCAGGAGCUCCAAAAAAUUUGGGGAUGUCAAAGUUUGCUUACAAGUGAAGUCACACUUUUGUGUAUGUGCAAUUCAUAAGAAAGAUAUAUGAGUGGGGAAAGAGUCAGUGUUUUACUAGACACCCAGUAGAACACGAAGAAAACCCUCCGAAUUAAACUGCCAUAUCGCCAUCAGAACUACACAAAACAUUAAUGAGAAAUGAAGUGAAUGUCAACCUCUACUCUGUUCCUUGUAACCAAAACUGAGUCACUGAGAUGCUGUUCUGUACUGACAAGCUGUUAUGUUGUUGAAUUUAUUGGUUUCUAUUACGUUACUAUAUCUUAUAGCUCCUUAGCUUUAAAUACUAUGGCUGAUUUGAAAUGAAAGGAAAACUGUGAACCGACAAGUGAUCCUGAUGCAAGUAAGAAGAAAUAAACCGCUUGGACGCUGAUUGUAUUCAAAUAAAUAUCUAAACUUA